AUGCGUGACACGGGUCCAGCUACCAUUAAUGCCUCUAAGCUAGAAGAUGAAUGGGUUGGUAUUCCGAUAGCCCACCAAGUGGUCCGCAAGGGACCAGUCCAUCCUCUCGAUGGUCUCAAUAUUCGUGACGACAACACAAUCGAUGGAUACAUAGGACACUGUCGUGCAUCCAUGUCGCAACUGUCAUCAACUGACUCGUAUCAGGAGGGAUACAAUGAUAUGCACGUCGUACGAGUGCCAGUACUGGUGUAG